CUGUAUCACAAGUGCAUUAUUUGCCUAGGGUCUGCUAGGGUUAACAGCGGUAGAAUGAAGGUGGUUUUAGGAGUGAUUGUACUGAUAAGUUAUGUGGCUUGUUGGGAUUUGAGGAUUGACCCUCUGGUGCUGAUCAAACAAGGCCUGGUGAGAGGGCAGAGGGCGGAGGAUGGCGACUACACAACAUUUCUGGGCAUUCCCUAUGCUGCCGUGGAUGAAAAUAACCCCUUCGGUCCGGCACAAGCACCACCAGCGUUUGAAGAAGAAAUUUAUAAAGCAUAUGAUGGAUCCAUCAAGUGUCCACAAACACCAUUUUUUGGUUACGUACCCUAUGGCGGUACUGAAAGUCUAGACUGUCUUCGACUUAACAUCUAUGUGCCAAACUAUGCCACUUCGAAGAAUCCUUUACCCGUAUUGGUCUGGAUCCAUGGAGGAGUUUUUGCCUCAGGAUAUGCAGGGGAAUAUAGUGUCGAAAAUCUGGUAAACAAAGGUAUUGUGGUUGUCACAAUCAAUUAUCGGUUAGGCCCAUACGGAUUUAUGUGUCUUGAUGUCCCAUCGGUGCCCGGCAAUCAAGGUCUCAAGGACCAGUAUGCUGCCCUGCAGUGGAUCAGGAACAACAUAGGGUCAUUCGGAGGCAAUCCCUACAACGUCACCAUAUCAGGACAAAGCGCUGGCGCGUGUUCCGUUCUUUUACAUUUAUAUUCAGGCAAAGACAAGUUGUUCCAUAAAGUAAUAGUACAAAGUGGAACCCCACAAAACGAAGGUAUGUUCGUGAAUGGAGACGUAGACGCUGCCAUAAAGUUAGCCAAUCAUUUAGGCUACAAUACUACUGACACUGAACAAGCUUUGGGAUUUCUUGCUAAAACUCCUUACAAUUUAGUAACAGCUGCCACUAUCCAACUUAAUUUACAAUUGAGACCUUGCAAGGAAAGAUCGUUUAGCGGUGUUGACAAUUUUGUAGAUACAGAUCCUUACAGUUUAUCUAACGAAAAGAAAAUCAAAGGAACGCCUAUUUUGAUUGGUCAUACGAGCAUGGAAGAAAUCACAUUGAUGAGCAGUUACUACGAUGAUUAUUUCAAUGAUGAUCCAUUUUACAAUAGGAUUGUCAAAAACUAUAAUUUAAACGAAGAAAAGUCAAAGAAAGUAGCAGACACUAUUAAACAUUACUAUAUUGGUGACCGGGCCAUAUCUAAAGAGCUGAUUUCAGUGUUUGGGGAUUUUGAAUCAGAUUUCAUAUUCAAUCACCCUAUGCAGAGAAUGAUAACUAAUUUGUUGAAUGAGGGUCCAAGUGCCCUGUACCAAUAUUUGUUUAGUUAUGUGGGUGAUUCCGGAGACGCAGGCGCAGGCCACUCAGCAGAGCUCAAUUAUUUAUUCCGAGUGGCAGGACCUACAUUUGCGAUGAAUGAAGAUGAUAAACUCGUUGCAGAUCGACUCACAACUCUGUGGACGAAUUUUGUCAAAUAUGGAAAUCCCACACCAAGCUAUGCGAACACUCUCCCAGUGACGUGGAGCAAGUCAAGCCUCGCCACCCGGCCGUACCUGCUCAUAGACAAAGACUUGAGGAUGGAGAGCAGAGUUUUCAGCGACAGGAUGGCCUUUUGGGAUCUUUUCUACGACAACUACGGCACAUAUAAUAAACUAGCAAGAGAAUGUGUUUUUUAAAAACUCAUGCUGUUUAUUGUUUUCAAUAUUCACUGGCUGUUCAUUCAAAGACAGUUGGAUGAUAGACUUUUUCCUUGUUAUUUUUUUGUUCCUGAAAUAUUUAUAAUAAGCUCGCAAGUAUAAUUUAGUGUUUCAUUAUUGUGUUAUUUACAUUUUAUUAAACCUUUCAUUAAUGUAUUUCUUCUUAACUUUCUAGUGGUUACGCCAUUAAGUUGAAAGGAUUUAAAAACCGUAAGUAGACACAUAAUAUCAUGUGCCUCAAUAAGAUCUAUCAUACUUAUUAAUGUGUGAGUAAACAAUAUAAAACCACGAAAUUGUUGGUAAUCAAAUACAAAAGAAAUGUAUGAAAUCAUGUACAUUUAGUGAAACUGUGACUUACAGGAACGAUGAUUCCAAAGGUUAACUCAAAUUAUAAUAAUAAUAAUACAUUUCUUGAAAAUCGA